UCUAAAUUGGCCAGGGUUUUCUUUUCUUCUUAACAAACCUAGGCCCCUAAGUUUCCAUCCUUUCUAAGUCUGACACAUCUCAAUCUUUUAAAAUAAAAGUAGAAGGGAAUUGACACAAGGACAUACAUAACCUUUGCCUCCUGCCCAUCCUAACUUGUCAUCACUUUCCUCUUUUCUUUCUUUCUUCUGUGCUGGAGCUGAUGCCAGACUGGCCACUUCACACUUUAUAAGGUUGGCGAGAUUUUGCAGGAACAUAACUCUUUUUAUAUAUAAUAGCCUAGAGGUGAAACUUGUUUUCUUAUAUGUUGCUUCACUUAAAGUCACUGAACCUAUUGACAGCAUUAAGUGAGGACCUACUGUCUGGUCCAAGGAAAAACUCCUCUGUGCUACCUGUGGACUGACUGCAUGUCUGAUUGUAAGCCACCACCCUUUCUGUCCUGGCAGGGGAUUUCCUGAACCGCAUGUUUACUGAGGAGAGAGUCCCCCGGGACUCUGAGGUAGAGAAAUGCAGCGACUAUGAAUCCAUAGAGGUGCCAGACAAUUACACGGGGCCACGCCUCUCCUUCCCACUCCUUCCUGACCACGCAACUGCCCUGGUGGAAGCUUUCAGACUGAAACAACAGCUACAUGCUCGCUAUGUCUUGAAUCUUUUGCAUGAAACCAGAAAACAUCUGGUACAGCUGCCAAACAUCAAUCGGGUCUCCACCUGUUACAGUGAGGAGAUCACAGUGUGUGGAGAUUUACAUGGUCAGUUGGAUGACUUAAUAUUCAUAUUUUAUAAGAAUGGCCUCCCAUCCCCAGAGCGAGCCUAUGUGUUCAACGGUGAUUUUGUGGAUCGAGGCAAGGAUUCGGUAGAGAUCUUGAUGGUCCUUUUUGCCUUCAUGUUGGUUUACCCCAAAGAGUUCCAUCUUAACCGAGGAAACCAUGAGGACCACAUGGUGAACUUACGAUAUGGCUUCACCAAGGAAGUGAUGCAAAAAUAUAAGACACACGGCAAGAAAAUACUACAAAGACUGCAAGAUGUUUUCUGUUGGCUUCCACUGGCCACUCUGGUGGAUGAGAAAGUCCUGAUUCUUCAUGGUGGUGUGUCAGACACGACUGACCUAGAGCUUUUGUCUAAACUAGACAGGCACAAGAUUGUUUCCACCUUGAGGUGCAAAACAAGAAAAGAGAAGGAGAAGCAAGCGGAGGAGAAGGGAAAAGCCAAGCAGACGAGCUCUGCAGGGAGCCUCUCUCCGUGGUUUCUCCCCCAAAGCCGCUCUCUCCCCUCUUCGCCCCUUCAUCUCAGCUCCCACAAGACCCACAAAGCUGGACGCUCCUCCAGCGUCCCCUGCAGCAUCCCCCUGGACCCCAGAGGGCUCUCCCGGCAGGCGAGGCGCUCUGUGGACCUGGAGCUGGAGAGGUGCCGGCAGCAAGCAGGCUUCCCGGUGAUCAAGGAGAAGGCGGAGCCCUGGGUCUUCAACCCAGAAGCUGACUCUGCAGCUGGGGAGCUGCGGGAGCCCUCUCAGGAGGAGUGGAGGCAGGUUGUAGAUAUUCUGUGGAGUGAUCCCAUGGCUCAGGAGGGCUGCAAGGCCAACACUGUUCGAGGAGGAGGCUGCUAUUUCGGGCCGAAUGUGACCAAACAGCUGCUACAGAAAUACAACCUGCAGUUCCUGAUCCGCUCACACGAGUGCAAACCCGAAGGCUAUGAAUUCUGCCACAGCCGCAAGGUGUUAACCAUCUUUUCUGCUUCCAACUACUAUGCAGUUGGCAGUAACAGAGGGGCCUAUGUCAAACUGGGGCCAGCCCUGACCCCACACAUCGUGCAGUAUCAAGCUAACAAGGCGACCCACAUGCUGACCAUGAGGCAAAGGAUUAGCAGAGUAGAGGAGUCAGCCCUAAGAGCUCUGCGGGGAAAGUUAUUUGCUCAUUCCUCAGAUCUUCUUGAGGAAUUUAGGAAGCAUGAUAACGGUAACACUGGUUUAAUCACCCUGAGUGACUGGGCAGCAGCUGUGGAGUCUGUGUUGCAUCUAGGACUGCCAUGGCGGAUGCUGAGGCCACAGCUGGUGAACAGCUCCACAGAUAACAUGCUGGAGUACAAGUCCUGGCUGGAGGACUUGGCCAAAGAACAACUGAGUCACGAGAACAUACAGUCGAGUUUGCUGGAAACACUGUAUCGCAACCGAUCUAACCUGGAGACCAUUUUUAGGAUCAUAGACAGUGAUCAUUCAGGGUUCAUCUCACUGGACGAGUUCAGACAGACUUGGAAGCUGUUCAGCUCCCAUAUGAAGAUGGACAUCACAGAUGACGGUAUCUGUGACCUUGCCCGGAGCAUUGACUUCAACAAGGACGGCCACAUUGACAUCAAUGAGUUCCUGGAGGCCGUCCGCCUCGUGGAGCAGUCCUGCUCAGAGGGAAACGCCUCAGAUUGCCCACAAGCCACCAACACGAAGGGCAGUGGCUCCUGGCCUGCCACUGAAGACAGCCUGGUCUCUGUUACCCAAGUUGCCUCAUAAGCGAUGCCAAGCGAUAUCACUGGAAUAGCUUCCUUAUUCUCCAUACAUUUGUGAAACUUUAUGCUGAGAAUUUGCCAACCAGCAUACAUCAGAAUCACCUUUGUAUUUGUGGGUGCAGGGUGGUGUGUGUGCGUGUGUGUUUUUAAAUAUAUAAGUGACAUAGCCUAUGUAUUUAGAAUUUUCACAAGGUGGGACCCAAGUAUUAGUAUCUUUAAAGUCUAAAGCCUACCCCAGUUAUGAAUCACUGAUAAUUCAACACCCUCAUUGUUUCCAUUUUCACCUUUUAUUUAUUACUUUUAAAAUGUCAUAUUGGUAAAGGAAAGUCAUGAAAAUUAUUUAUGUAAUCCCAUGACCUAAACAUAUGGAUUCUUUUUAUUACUUUUUCUUAUUAUAACUAUAGUAUUACAUAAUUUAAUGUUCUGCUUUUUU